UAACUAGAGUGUAGUUGCUAGAGCCAACCAGUGUCACUACAUUUCCCAUGAACAUAACAGGAAAUACGUCACAGUUUGGUUCCUUAAGGAUUGCUGGGUACAGAAGCUCUUCCUUUUCCGGCUGGUACGCUAUCAUACUAAGCCAACAUGGGUGCGUAUAGGUAUAUGCAGGAGUUAUGGCGCAAGAAGCAGUCAGAUGUGAUGCGUUUCUUGCUCCGUGUACGUUGUUGGCAGUAUCGUCAGUUGUCCAACCUCCAUCGUGCACCUAGGCCCACCAGGCCAGACAAGGCUCGUAGGCUGGGUUACAAGGCCAAGCAGGGUUAUGUGAUCUACCGAAUCCGUGUGCGCCGUGGAGGCCGUAAGAGACCAGUGCCUAAAGGUGCUACCUAUGGCAAGCCUGUGCACCAUGGUGUCAACCAACUUAAGUUUGCCCGCAGUUUGCAGUCUGUUGCAGAGGAACGUGCUGGCCGUCAUUGUGGAGCCCUGCGAGUGCUCAGCUCCUACUGGGUGGGUGAAGACUCCACCUACAAGUUUUUCGAGGUGGUUCUGAUUGAUCCCUUCCACAAGGCCAUUAGACGCAACCCUGACACACAAUGGAUCACAAAAGCUGUGCACAAGCACAGAGAGAUGCGUGGCCUGACAUCUGCAGGGAAGAAGAGCCGUGGCCUGGGCAAGGGCCACAAGUUCCACGGAACCAUCGGAGGCUCCCGCCGUGCUGCCUGGAAGAGGCGCAACACUCUGCAGCUGCAUCGCUACCGCUAGAGUAUGUCUGUACAUUGGAACAAUAAACAUCCCUUUUUAUUGCCUGAA